AUGAGUGAUGACAAAUUAAAAAAGAAAAAAACAACCUAUUCUGAUAAGAAACGAAAACAAACAGAGGCAAUAGAAUAUGUAGAAAAUAUAGAGUUUAAUGAAUCUAUUUUUGAGAAAGAUUCAGAAGGAAAUUUUAUCUAUAGUGAUAAGGCUAGUGAUCUUUUAGAAAAAUUGUUAAAACGAAAUGUUUCGAUAUCUUCAGUAGAUUUUAUGUUUAUUUGGGUUUAUGUUGAUGAAGAGCCUUUUCUUCAUGAGGUUGCAAAUAUUCUUGAAGUAAAAAAACCUUAUAAACUAAGAGAAUGGUAUGCAAAUGGCAUAAAAUUUUUAAGUCUUGAUAUUAGAAAUCUUAAAUUUGUCAAUGACAUUAAGAAAUGUGUGGGUUGGGAUGAUGCUACUGGCUGCAAUAUCAAAACUUGGACAAGAUACUGGCUUCCUCCAUAUAUUACAAAUCAAAAUACAUCUAAUAAUACAAGAAAAAACAAGAGAAAAAAGAAGUAA